UUCUCGUGGAGCUUUUCGGACCCAAUUAAGUGUGGUACCCAGUCUGGUUACCCGGGUAACAGACGUCGCGGUUUGUCUGGGAACGGAAAGAAGAGGUUUCAGAGGCCUGUUUCAUCGUUAGUCAUGGAGACGUCCCGAAAGGGUCUGCUCACCCAGAUUACUCAGUUCUGGAACCUCCUAGAUGAUCUGGCUGAAAGUGACCCCGAACGCUAUAAAAACUUCAUUGAACAGGAGCUGCAAGAGGGGAAACAACUCUGUGCUGGCCCAGAGCCAGAGCUCUGUCUACAGACCAGGAUUGUGAAACCAAAAGAAAAAAUACUUUUUAUCAACCUGUGUCAGUGGAAAAGGAUUCCCACUCCCCAGUCAGCCAUGCAUCCAGUACCUCUAAGUGUUGGCAGGCCACAAGACAUCUCUGAGACAUCAGAGGAGUACACAGUAAUUGACGUUGCCUGCAACCCUGAGGUUCUUCAAGCAACAGAAAAGGACCGAGUGAGAAAAGAUCAGUUAAUAAAGAUGGCUGUGAAAUGCAUUGAGGAGCAAUUCCAACUCACUCUCUCACACUCUUACCAUAUUACUGAUUGUAAAAUAAAAGGAAGCAUUCAAAGAAUGAGACAAAAUCUGAUGGGAAUCCAAACUGAUGUCGCAGAUCUAAGACAGAAAGUAAGAAAGGAGCACAGCCUGGAACAGUUAAGCAGCAGCACCGUGAGCAGUUCAGAUCACUUUCCUCAGCUGCUACUGCCAAAAGACCAAGUUUUAAGCAAAGCAGGAUGUCUGAUAGAAGAGAUUUCUAGUACUGAAAUCCAAGAGGAGAGGCAGAUACCAGUCUAUGAAUUAAAAUUUUUGAAGGAUCAGCAUGAAAAACCUUUGAAAAUUGAAUUGAAAGUUGACUUACCUGGUAUUAACGAAGUCUCUCUCUGUGACCUUAGUGUUUCUGAGGUCAUCACAGGAAGCCACUUGGCAUGGAUGUAUAAUUCCCUUACAGAGAAAGAACAGUUGGGAACAGUCCUGCAGUCUACCCGUGUAUCCUUGUGGUCACCGGUCCUUGCUUCUUUCUUCAAGGAAAACACCUCUAAUCACAGUACCAAUGCUCCAAAAUACAGGAUUUAGUUAUUCAUAUGUGGUCUGUGGUUUGUUCCUCUUAACUACAGACCAAUGACAUGCCGAGUUAUCUACCCGCUGAACUCCAUCCACCAUAGUACGGAAUGGAGACAGAUGAUAACUGUAAUUAAUAGUCUCAUUUGAGAAAUGAGAAAAACAUGAGGAACACUGGUUACUGGUGCACACGCCUUCUGAACUCACUAGGCAAGCCCUGUGAGGUCCCCUUGUGUGGAGGUGGAGGAUAUUUUUGCUCAUUUGAAGGGUCCUUCACUACCUACCUUCCUCGUCUAUUUUCACAACCUCCAGCUCCAUUCUUUCAGAGGUUAUUUUCUUCUUCCAGUAGCAGCUCUGGCCACAUCAGACAGUAGUGAAUACAGUAGAAUUAGCAUUUUCUUGCACAUGGAAUAUUUUAAGUCAUUCUUAUUUUUCUGUGACUCUAGUCAGUGCUGUGCUCACUUUGGCUUGCUUGUGUCUCAAGAGUUGCCUGUUUCAUUAGACUUAAUUACUGUCAUUCUAGCCAAACCUAAGAAUUUACUAAAGUGUACCUUCAUCCAUUCAGAGGUUUUCAUGAAGGGCAUAAAGACCUGUGAUUUAAUAUUAACAGUCUCUAGACUUUGCUAAUAAGAAUCAUUUCUCAGUUUUACCCUUUACCCACAGAAAAUACAGUUCCAUGGUUCAGCCUUUCAGGCUUACAAUUUGGGGGCUCCAUCUAUUUCCUUUCAGUUCUGCUUGACAACUGGGCAGUUUUCUAAAUUCACUUUUCUAAGUUUCCUUGGCGUUUGCUGGUUUACGCUGAGGACAAUACCAUGUAAUUCAGGAAUGACAUCAUACUACUUUUGGUACUGUAUCAGUUAACAUCUUAUAUGAGCAACAAUCACAAUCUAAAAUUUUCAGGAAUUUACAACUGUACUUUUAAUGCUCAUUGCAAACCACAGAGCAACAAAUGGUAUCCUCCCCUUAAGUGAUCCAAGAGCACGAACACUGACCAAGAAAUACUUUCAUCUCUUAAA